AUGGGAGGUUUUGGGUUGAAUGGAUCUGAUGAAGAAGGCAUAGCUACAAGGCUAUGGAAUAAGUUCAAGAAUGAAAGGGUUUCUGUUCUUUACAGUCCUUUUAUAAUUUGCUUAGCCUCUGGUACAUUGGAUUCUCACGCUUUUCUUCAUUGCAUCUCUCAAGAUGUCUAUUUUCUUCGAACUUUUGCUCAAGCGUAUGAACUAGCAGAGGAAUAUGCAGAUGAUGAUGAAGACAAGGAAGCCAUUACAAAGUUAAGAAAACGCGUCUUGAAGAGGCUUAGAAACCUAGAUACUCUUAUCCAUGAAUGGGGCUUUGAGCCCCCAAAAGAGAGCGUGUGCCAAACUGCAACAGUCAAAUACACAGAAUUCUUGCUGGAAACAGCAGCAGGGAAAGUGGGAGGAGAGAAAUUCCCCGGUAAAAUAGUUACUCCUUUUGAGAAAACAAAACUCGCUGCAUAUACACUGAGCGCCAUUGCACCCUGCAUGAGACUCUAUAACUUUGUAAGUAAGGAGAUACUGGCUCUUAUAGAGCCUGAGGAAAGUGAACACAUUUACAAGAAGUGGCUUAACAGUCUCUCCUCAGAAAAUUUUGAGGCAUCAGCUGGAAGGAUCGAAGUCAUGCUAGAUAAAUUAAGCAUUUCUUUGACCGGUGAAGAGCUAGAAGUUGUAGAAAGGCUCUAUCAUAAAGCUAUGAAACUCGAGUUAGAAUUCAUAUUGACUCAAUCGGUUGUUAACCGCACCAUAGCCCCCGUUUCUCAACUCUACAACAGUGCUGAAGAGAAUCUCAUUAUAUUUUGCGACUUUGACUUGACGUGCACUGCCAUAGAUUCCUCUGCACUUCUAGCAGAGAUUACAAUUGUAGCAGCAAGUAAGGCUGAUCUUAGUGACGGUGAAACACAACCUUCUAAGACGUCAUCUUCUGAUAUCCGAAUGAUGUGGAGUAAUCUUUUCAGCCAGUACAUAGAAGAGUAUGAACAAUGCAUAGAAAGCAUCAUGUCCAAUGAAGCAGUCGAGGGACUUGAUUAUGAAGGUCUAUGCAAAGCACUGGAGCAAAUAUCCAACUUUGAGAAGAGGGCAAAUUCAAGAGUGAUUGAUUCUAAUUUACUGAGAGGAUUGAGUCUAACAGACAUAAUAAGGGCUGGGGAGCACCUCACUUUUCAAGAUGGUUGUAAACAGUUCUUCAAGGAUCUUAUGAAAAGUGAAACUUGCGCGACAGAUUUUCACGUGUUAUCAUACUGUUGGUGUGAUGAUCUCAUUAAGUCCGCAUUUUCAUCAGGGGACCUGUGUGUACCGAAUGUACAUUCAAACUGCUUAGUCUAUGAAGAAUCUAUUUCCACUGGCAAUAUUAUACAGAAGAUGGAGUCUCCCAUGGACAAGCUUCGAGUCUUUAAUGACAUCACCAAGGGCAGCACAAAUGAUAGCAAGCCUUUGACGGUUUACAUCGGAGGUUCAUUUGGCGAUUUGCUUUCCUUGCUUGAAGCAGAUUUUGGCAUCGUGUUUGGCUUGAGUGACAGUCUUAUGAAACUGGGGAGUCGAUUUGGUAUUUCUUUUGUUCCCUUGUUCUCCGGCUUAGUCAAUAAACAAAGAGAACUCGACGUAAGUGGUUGCUUAAACCGGAAAGGGUCCUCUGGGGUUCUUUAUACUGUCUCCAGCUGGGACGAGAUUAACACAUUCAUCUUGGGGGCCAAACAAGUGCCUCCAUCUUAA